AAACCAACGUUUCCUUGCAGGGAAAAGCAACCUUGUCCUGCCUUGAGUUCACAGAAACAGACUUAACCAUCAAAUUCAUUCCUCACAUCCAAUUCUGGGUCAUAGAAAAUUCAACACAACGCAACUAAUUAACUGCUCUCCUCCGCGGCCAAAACCGCCUCCACGUCCCCCAUUCCAUCUUUCCACUGAAUGCAAAAUCCCCAGCAAACGCCUCCCGAUUCCCACUCAACCCAAGCCCAAUUCCAUGUGAAAUGCGAAUCUUCAACUCCCGCGCCAAGAAAAGCACUCACCUUCGCCGCUUCUUCAAUGUGGGUUCUGUUCGCUGCAUAGCCACCACCUGCCUGGCGGUGCUGCUGCUGCGUUUCGGUGGGCCUGAGGUCCUCGUCCGUGCCUGAGCUGUCUCAAUUAAUCCGCUUGACACAAGAGGGAGUUUCGUUUAAGUAUUAAUUUUGAAUUUGAACUGUGGGGUUUUGAAUUCAGUUCUGAAUUAAGAUGAUGUUUUGUUACUGUUUGAUUAAUCAACAAUGAUUUUGUUAUUUUGGGUUUUAUUUUGGUUGUUUGGUUUCUGAGAAAAUGCCUGAUGUGCAAUUGAGAUGAAUUUAUCUUUGUUGAGCUGAAAUUGCUGUAUUUCAGUGUUCUCAGAUGAGAUCAGGCUAUGGUCGUGACAUUAGUGGUGAGGUUGCAGCUAUUGGAACUUCAGUGAGGUCACUGACUAUUGGGCAGAAAGUUUUUGGUGCCCUGCAUCCCAACUUCUAUGAGGGGCACAUAUACUGACUUGCAAUUCUUCCAGAAGAUGAACUUUCUCCAAAACCAGCAUCAAUUGAUCAUGUGGCAGAGAUUGUUGGUGAUAGGUGGUGGUGGAGCAGUGGAUUUUGCUGCAAUUCAGCUUUAAGUAGCUGCAGGGUGCCAUGUUACAACUUCGUGUGGUCCUCAGAGUCUAAAAGGAAUAUUGGCAGUGGGUGCUGAGCAAGCUAUUGACUACACUGAUGAGGACAUUGAAUUAACAAUUAAGGGGAAGUUUGAUGCUGUUUUGGACACUAUUGGUGUACAAGAGGCAGAAAGGAUAUGCAUCAAUUUUUUGAAGUGAGGUGGACACCAUAUGACACUCCAGGGUGAGGCUGCAUCUUUGAGGACAGGUAUGGACUAGCAGUUGGGCUACCUGUUGUUACAGCUGUUUUACUGAAGAAACUGAUUCAAUAUCAAUCUUUGCAUCAAAUAGGUAUAUAUAGAGAUUUUAUUCAUAUUAUACGCACGAUGUUUGUUGAACGUGCACAAUUUUAUUACUUUUGUCAUCAUUCAAUAUCAAUCUUUAUUUUCCAGUCCUUUAAUUUUGACUUCCAUGCUAGUUCAUAGGAGAAUGAGUAGUUUUUCCUUUUAGAAACAUCAGUGAAAGGCUUAAAAACUAUUCGUUCCAGUUUUAAGAUCAGAAGGAUUGAGGUUUUGUAUACAGUAAUUUUCACCUUUACGU